CAAAGAGAUAGUGGCGUGUUCCCCUCUCCAUAUUCAGCCGCCACUUUUUCUCUUCUUCUCCUCUAAUCUCGUUCUUGUAUAUAUAUAUAUAUAUAUAUAAACACAUUACCAUAAACUUAUACUCUCUUUUGAUCCAUCUAUUGAUUUUGAUUCUCUGUUUUAUCCGGAAGUCUAAAUUGGAUGGUGAUAAAGGGAAUGCGUGUUGGUAAGUACGAGCUUGGGAGGACACUCGGAGAGGGAAAUUCCGCAAAAGUUAAAUUUGCUAUAGAUACUCUUACCGGCGAAUCAUUCGCCAUCAAAAUCAUCGAGAAGUCGUGUAUCACACGUCUUAACGUCUCUUUUCAGAUUAAGAGAGAGAUUCGAACACUCAAAGUUUUGAAGCAUCCAAACAUUGUCCGAUUACAUGAGGUAAUAAUACUACUUGUAAUGCUUCAUUUUAUGUAGAAACUCAAUUACUGCUCGAGGCAAUAUGAAUUCGAUUCAAAUUUUGGUAUCAGAUUUUUGAGAUAUACUUUGAUUAAACGAUAAUAAUGUUUUGAUGAAAGACCAAACAUUAAACCUAUGAAAGUUUUUUUGUUAGCUUGCGUAGAACGGUAGAAGUAUAUUAAAAAGUUAACCGUCAUUUUGGUAAAUUAAUAUAUUAUUUUUCGUUUUGUUUUUUUGUAACUAGUUUUAUUCGUGACCACGCAAUUGCCUCUUCACGUUGCUUAUUAGCCCUACGUAACGUAUACAAUAAUUAUUUUCAAAUACUUUGUCCUCCUGACUAAUUCAUUGGCAGUCGACAAUAGAUGUGAUGACCAUGACCUAUUCAAUUAUGAGGUAGGUCCCAAAAAAUCGACCCAUUUGGGGUAAUGACCAUGGCAAUGCAAUCAUCAUCACAAUUUCCUUAUCGUUGGGAUUAAAUUCCAAUCUUUUUCAUGCUUACCUCAUAAGCGAUAACUGUUAAAUCUUACUCAAAACUCGUUUUCUACAUUUCAAUUACGUGAACACACUUUAAUAUUUUCAAAUGGUAUUUGCUGGAAUGAUAGUGGUUGACUUCAAAAAAUUUCAAAAUCAGAAUGUCUACAUUGACGAUUACUUAUCUUGCAAGCAACCAAUAAGGUUUGGAUUUUGAAUUAACGGAGACUUGGUCCUCGUUUUUUUUUUUGACAAUGGAAUUUUAUUUUUUAGUGUAGAUAUAUCACGUUUGUUCUUCCUAAUUUAGGAUUCUCCUAUCUCUUUCAAAAACAUCCCUAAAGGCCUAAGCAGAUUAUAAUAUCCUUGAUAUGCACAAUUCUUUAUUGUUCACUUGUAGGUCUUGGCUAGCAAAACCAAGAUUUACAUGGUUCUGGAAUGUGUCACUGGAGGAGACUUAUUUGACAGAAUUGUCUCGAAAGGAAAGCUUUCGGAAACACAAGGACGAAAAAUGUUUCAGCAGUUGAUUGAUGGAGUCAGCUAUUGUCAUAACAAGGGCGUUUUUCACAGGGAUCUCAAGCUAGAGAAUGUUCUUCUUGAUGCAAAGGGUCACAUUAAGAUCACUGAUUUUGGCCUUAGUGCUCUGUCUCAACAUUAUAGGGAAGAUGGGUUGCUACAUACAACUUGUGGUAGUCCUAACUAUGUCGCGCCUGAGGUUCUAGCUAAUGAGGGCUAUGAUGGUGCAGCAUCAGAUAUAUGGUCAUGUGGAGUAAUCUUGUAUGUUAUUCUUACGGGAUGUCUCCCUUUUGAUGAUGCAAACCUUGCAGUUAUUUGCCGGAAGAUAUUCAAAGGGGAUCCCCCAAUACCUAGAUGGAUAUCACUGGGAGCUAAAACUAUGAUCAAGAGAAUGCUUGAUCCUAAUCCAGUCACGAGGGUGACAAUCGCAGGUAUAAAGGCUCAUGAUUGGUUUAAACAUGACUACACUCCUUCAAACUACGAUGACGACGAUGAUGUAUACUUGAUCCAAGAAGAUGUUUUUAUGAUGAAGGAAUAUGAAGAAGAGAAGAGCCCUGAUUCUCCAACCAUUAUCAACGCUUUUCAGUUGAUUGGAAUGUCCUCGUUUCUCGACCUCUCAGGUUUCUUUGAGACAGAGAAAUUAUCAGAGAGGCAGAUAAGAUUCACGUCAAAUAGUUUAGCUAAAGAUUUGUUGGAGAACAUCGAAACGAUUUUCACGGAGAUGGGCUUUUGUUUACAGAAGAAACAUGCAAAGUUAAAAGCAAUCAAAGAAGAAAGCACUCAAAAAAGGCAAUGCGGUUUAUCGGUAACGGCUGAGGUUUUCGAGAUAAGUCCGUCCCUGAAUGUGGUUGAACUAAGAAAAUCACAUGGCGAUUCGUCUCUAUAUAAACAGUUGUACGAGCGAUUAUUGAAUGAGCUGGGCUCAUCAUCACAAGUACAGGAGCUUUUAGCGUAGCCAAUAGCAGAAAUUAUGUCAGCCUAUUCUAAAAUAUUUGAAUCCGGGAUGCUAGAGACAUUUUCAAUGUUCUUGAUCACUGGAUCUAUGUACAAAAAACUAUAUUUUUUUGUGUAUAUUUUUAGUUAGUUCAUUAGCUUAGUUCAGGACCGGUCCUGCUCUUGUAACACAGCUUCUUUAAAUUCAUGUACCUGGCUCCUUAUGAAGAUGCUCAUAGCAGCAAUUCAUUUUUUAAGGUGGUAAUUACAUCAGUAUACUCCCUCCGUUUCAUAAUAUAAGUUGUUUUAGAUCAAAUUUUUUGUUUUACUUUAUAAGUUGUUUUCAAGUUUCUAUAAAAAUU